AUGACGUACCAACUCCCGCCGAUGCUGCUGAACCUGUUCGCCCCGCGGCCGCCGCUGCGAUGGGUCGAGCCAAGCGACCACGCGCCCGAGAAGCGCUGCACGCCUAAGAUCUCAGGCGUCGCGCAGUACCUGCAGGCCAUGAGGGAGUACAAGGACAACGACGGCUACGUGCCGACCGACAGCUGGCUGCAGAAGCGCGAUCGCAAGAAGAUGGAGAAAAAGGAGAAGCAGGAGCGCCUGCUGACUGACGGCAUCGACGAUUACAAACCAAGCGAAGACCCCAAGGUCCAGGGCGACGCGUUCAAAACCCUUUUCGUCUCCCGUCUGGCCUACGGCGUCACGUCCGACGAUCUCGAACGCGAAUUCGGCCGCUACGGUCCUAUCGAGCGCAUCCGCAUCGUCGAAGACAUCACGGCCCCGCCCGACGCGACCGUCAAGAAGCGCAAGCGCGGAUACGCCUUCAUCGUGUACGAGCGCGAGAAGGACAUGAAGGCCGCCUACAAGGAGACCGACGGCAUCAAGAUCAAGGACCGUCGCGUGCUUGUCGAUGUUGAGCGCGGCCGCACUGUCUCUGGAUGGCGUCCGCGCCGCUUUGGCGGAGGACUUGGCGGACGAGGAUACACAAAGGGGCCUGCUGCUCGAGGCCCGCCUGGCCCAGGAGGCUUUGGCCCUCCCGCUGGACCCGGUGGAUUCGGUGGCCGUGGUGGAGGUUUCAGUGGCGGCUUCGCAGGGCGUGGUCGCGGUGGCGGUUUCGGAAGCGAUCGAGGAGGAGGAGGAGGUUUCCGCGGGGGACUUGGUGGUGGUGACCGAGGCGGUCGUGGUGGCUUUGGAGGUGGACGAGGUGGUAUCGGCUACCAGUCCAACAGCUACGGUCCUCCCGACGGUGCCCCAGCUGGUCCUCGUGGUCCCCGGGGAGGUGGAUUCGGGGGUGGAGACCGAGGCGGCUAUGGCGGUGAUCGUGGAGGCAGCCGCUACGGAGACGACAAACGCGGAUUCGGCGGCGACCGCGGAUCCAGCGGUGCCAACAACGAGCCCCUUGGCAGCAGAGACCGCUAUGGUGGACGAGACGGUGGUCGCGAUGCUGGACGGGACGGCGGUCGUGAUGGUGGCCGUGAUGGCGGCCGAGACGGUGGGUAUGGAGGCCGCGACGACAGUUCUAGGAAGCGCACGUACGAGGGCGACAGCUACGACGACCGAGGGAGCCAGCGAAGAAGAUACUGA